UUGAUUAUUUUUUGUUUUACCUCAACUUUUAUUAGUUUAUAGAAAAUUGCACUCAUUGUCACUUUCAACUCCCAUUCCCUCUAUAAUGCAUUCAGGACCAUUUUUGACGAGCCUUAAUUAUUAUCUGUUACGGUGUUGCCACCCUUUUUAGACCAAUUUCUAUCACCGAAACAACCUUCAUCGUGAACAGUUAACCUUGAAUUAGGUAGGUUUGGAUUGCAAACCAGGGAGAAGACAAAUUUUUCGCUCAGUAGCCGCGAAUCAUUCAAAGUUUAAGCCAUUGAAACAGCUGUUCUCAUCGUUGUGAAUUUUUUUCGAAGUAAAAUCAAUAACUUUCGUUUGAAUCUAUUUUAAAAGUUAGCUUUUUUUAUGCGAAAAGAAUUAAAAUGAGGUCGAUCAUUUUGAUUUUCAUGUUGAAUCUUUCGAAUACCAAAAUUUCAAUUGCCGAAGAUACUAAAACUUUUCCGGGCGCUGAGAUCAUCAUCCCGGCUAUCAUUGGACAAAUAAUACCGGCAAUCAUCGGUGGUGGAGCUGCACCACAGCUUCCUUCAGUUUCCAUUUCCCAUACGGGAUCUAUAGCAACCUCAGUGGCCAAUACACCAAUCGCUAUUAGUCAAAGUGGAACGAUUUCAACGAGUGGCUCCUCACAAACGCAUGCAGCAUCCCAGGCCAUGGUAAAGCCCGGUGGAUCCGUUUCCGCUUCCAGUCACGUUGGCAAUCAUCGAAGACUCACGGCGAACCCAAGCUUCGGAGCUCUUUCAAAACGGCUGCAAAAAUUCCUGAAAAAUGUCGGUCGAUAGCUGGAGUAAAUAUACCUAAUGAUGAUUCGACAACUCCUCCUGGCAGGAAGUUGAUUGAAUCAAAUGAGAGAAGAUAAAUCUCCGGGACUCGUUAGUGGGAGCUUAUUUGUUGAAAUGAAGAAUAUAAAAAAACGAAAAUGAUGGUUUUGCAUCUUGAUGUUGAAGCAGAUUAUAUGAUUAAGCAUCGUAUUUUACUGCUGACUCGAUGACAAGUGUGGAAUUAGAUUUCUUCUUUAU